AAUAAGCUACAUGCGCUUCAUUCGCAUUUGAGUACAGAGCCACUGACGUUUGCUCCUCGCCGAAAUGCUGCCAAGACAGAGAGUCCCUGCGGCUAGGGCAGCUGAAAAUGCUAGCCAAAGCCCCUUGCUGCUACCUUAUCCGUCGUUGCUCGACUCUGCCGACAGUGGACCGAACUUUACGAGAAGUCAGCUCGAGGACACGCUAGCCUUCCUGACGGAACACGUGGAUGCAGCAAAACUAAGUAGCGUGGACCAGGAGCCGCUGGUUGUGGAUCUGGUGGCACUGUUCGGUCUGGCAUUGCGGAGCUCGGUGCCAGCCCCCGGCCCCCCACCUCCCGGCCCAUCCACCUGCUCUGGGUCCUCCUCCGUGGGCGCCAGUGGCAGCAGCACCUCCAUGCCUUAUGUCACUGACGAGGCACGGCAGCUGUACAGGCGCAUUCGCGUCAGGCUCAGCGAACUGCUUGUGCAGGACAUCCUCAUCAUCGACGACCGAAACAGCCGCCUCCGCGCGCUACUGCUCGACCUGCUGCUGCGGACGCACGUGCUGCAGUGCUACAGCUCUCCGCUGAGCAUAUACGCGCAGCUGCUUCGCGCGCGGCCGUCACGGCGCAACCUGGAGGGAGCGCAGGAGGUCUUGUGAGAGGUGCAGCACGUGGGUGCAGCAGUUGACGCUUGUAGUUGUCUUUGGCAGCACGAGUUGCUUGGCACCCGGACAUGAGUGGCCUUAAAAGCGAGGAGUUCAGCAGCAAGGACGUGACGGAGAAGCCGCAUCCCAACAUAUACAUUCAGUUGGAAGAUUGUUAUGACAGCCACCUGGACAGGGAGCUAGCUGGCAGCCGGCUGCUGGAGGCGUGGGCCGCAUGCAUGCUCGCGUACGCAGCCAGGGCAACGGCGGGUGGCCCAGCGGACGGUGGUACCGGCACGAUCUUCACCAUAUCGCCCUGUCUCUUUAACCGGGGGGUUUGGGAUCAGUACUGGUCGACAGGUGACCUGGCUGCGGCGCCGGCGCUGCAGGCGCUGUUGUCGCUUGCGACUGUACGUAACCUGGCCUCCCUCGACCGCGGCAGCAGCUACGGCCAGGCAGCGGCGGCGGCAGCAACUGGGUCGGAGGACGGCGAAUGCGGGCCUCCCUGGACGCUGAUCCACCCAGCUGCAGGGCAGACUGCCAGUGUUUCUGCGCUGCUUGCGGGCGGCGGGGAGCUUGCGCUUCAAGUCUGGCAACGCAUCUUGGACCGGCGCCUAGCGGCAGCCGCAACGGCCAGCAGCAGCGUGGUCGGCCCGGCAGUCGCUGCCGGCGUCGCAGAGGACUGGGCGCGUGGCCCUGGCAGCCUGCCGCGGCCGGGGCUUGAGCAGCUGCGGGCUCAGGAGGCGGAGGUGAAGCGCCUGCAGGCGGCGAGGCGGGAAGUGUACCGGUCCUUGCAGGCGGCAGAUGAAGCCCAGCAGCAACAAAAGCAGCAACAAAAGCAGGCGAAGGGCCGCGGCGGCGCAGCGGGCAAGUCACGGCAGGGGCAGGCUCAAGGGCAGGAGCGGGGUCAGCCUGGGGGCGGUGCAGGCGCCAGCAGCAGCCAAGCCACGGCCCUGACUCCUGAGCGCAGGGCGGAGCUGGAGUCGCGGGCGGCGGCCCUGACAGCGCAGCUGCGGCAGGCCCGCCACCUGCCGGCGGUGGUGCCCACGUCGGAACGUGACACGGUCAAGCCAAUUCAGAAGGGCUACAUAUCUGUACCGCUCGAGAGAGCGCAGCACACGCUUUAUACCGGCGACCCAGCUCUCCGGCUCGGCCCGCCGGGCUAUCGCAUCCACUUCACGACCACUUCUGUGGUGAUGGAGGCUUUCGUCGAGGAGGCGCCGGGCAUGGGCUAUCACUGCUUUGUGCGCCCUUACGUGGCCGCGCGUGCUGUGGCGGCAGAGCUGCGCUUGCGCGGAGUCGUGCUGCCAGCGGGCCUGGAGAAACUGCUAGAGGAGGCGCCGGAGGCAAUCAAUGACGAUGACGUCAGCUGGAUGAACAAGAUCCUGCGGCGGGCUGGCAAGGAGUUGAUGCUGCCGCAGCCGCUGCCAGCUCAGCUGGCGCUGCCGCCGUGGAACGACGCGGCGACGUCCGAUGUCUGCAUUCGCCUGGCGAACGCGGCUCGGGCGGAGUGGGUGAAGUGGGCUGCUCAGCAGUCACCUUCCCUAAUCACGCGGGACGAGUGUCCUAUUGACGCGACCAUGAAUGCAAGGGCAGCCUGCAGUGCCGUUGACUGCGCACUGACAGCAGCGCGGCUGCUGGCUCGGUCAGCGCCGCCCUCGGUACAGGCCCGUCGCGCGGCCGUCCGCCGGCUGCGGCAGCUGUGGCGGUGCUACUGUGCGGCUCUGGAGGCGGCUCUGGGGCUGGUGCAGCGCGGGCGCGGUGCGGAGGAGGCAACCGCCGCGGCGCAGGGGAAGCGCCUGCUACCCGACAAGCACUUCGGCACUGUGUGGGGCAUCCUCUCCGUGACAGCCCUGACGUCUUCAGGCUGCUACCAGAGGAGGGCAGGGGGCUGGCAGGCCAAGUGACGUCAGCAGCAGGUGGAGGUGACACCAAGAGUGGCGCAGGUAGGGAGUGGCGUGCGACUGUGUUUAGGCACGCCGCCCAAGUAAGGGCACAGCCGCUUACUCCCCGUACCCAUUUGCCCUCCCCGGGUAGUGAAUAUCGACUCCGAAGCCUGCCCUCAGCAGCCCUCCGUCUCAAAAGGGCUCACAUACUGCACCGGAGGGACGAGGCUGGCAUAGACAUACUGUGGGCGUGCGAAGAGCUGCAUUCUACUGCCGUGCUGGUGGCGGCAGUGCUGCCACAGGAGUGCGCGAUGGCGGCACAGCAAGGCGCCAACGGGUCUGCGGGGCCUGACGGUGCAGAGCAGCCGGGCCGGUACCGGGUGCCUUUGGCUGUGGAGAGCAUAGCUGGGCUGUUUGGUCCGGACGGGCCCUGUCCCAACCCGCAGUGGCAGGCGGAUGUGCGGGAGGCCUUUGCCAGCGCGGGCGCCGUAGCCGCAAACGCCCCACAGCAGGAGCUGUCGCCGGAGCAGCUGCAGGCGUGCGCGUCCAGGGCCCAUGCGGCGCUACAGCAGCAGCGGGACCCCCAGCAGACGCAGGCGGCUGCGGCGCUGCUGGUGCCGCCGGCCGCGUGCGGUCUGCACUGCGGCGGCGCUACGCCGGCCGCCGGCUGUGGCUGUGCGACAACCCGGGGUGUAUGCCUGCUGCGGAGCUGGAUGCGAGUGGCUGGCCGCUACCGCCUCAGUCCUGUGCGGGCGCCGGGGCCUGGGUGUGGUGCGGCGGCUGCGAGUCGAGCUUGUACUGCAGCGAUGGGUGCCGGCUGGCGCACUGGCAGGCCGGGCACGGGGCUGUGCGCCGCCUCUGUCGCAGGGCUGUGGUGCAGGGCGUAGGCGAAUGUCUGUCGCUCAUGCCACAAACCAUGGAGAAGGGGCAAACACAGAGGCAUGGGUCAAAAUUCAGCCAAGGAUGUAGCCGAUAUUGUGAAGCUGCUUGGCUUAACUGCUAAUGGAGUUGCGUAGCUAUGGAUGGUGGCCGCUCCGUGCGGGUGGGGCGCGGCGCCUGGACGAUUGGGGGGAGGGGGGGCCGAGGGCCCCGCACAAGGCGGAAAGGCUGCAGUGCAUGUAAGUCGGGACAAGGCUAUGGGCUCUCCUUAUGGCUGAACAGCUGGCGGACAUGGGUAUGAUCAGCGUGCGGGAAAGGAGAUGUUAUGGGGUUCUCGGCGAGUGACCCGGCUUGGUGGCAGUGCCUGGAUUAGCGAUGACGAGUGAUUGUGAGUGAGUAUGCUGCAGCGUGUGUGUGUGCAGAGUCUGGAGGACGGGGCGCUUGUCCUGUCCUUUCCAGCCGUCCGGCCUAGGUCCGUGAUGUGAGGAGGUAGAUAGGUUGAUCCCGUCUUAGCGCUAACCCUCUUACACCGUCCUGAGUGGUCGUCUGUCCAGCUGUCCUAGGCGCAAGCUCAACACAUUGCUUCGGCAUGUGGGGACGCCGCGUUGGUGAGAGCCACGGAUGGCCCUAAUACGCCAUGGGGGCAUGUCGCUCCCGCGGAGGGCACUGUAAACUGUCGGCCUG